CAAAGCAUCAAGCGCACACUAUUAUUUUAGAUAGAAAAAAUUGCAAAUUUACCAGCAAUAUUUAACUAGUUCGGUCCAAAGAGUAUAAUACUAUAUGUAUGUUCGGUCGGUCGGUACCCCAUUGCAUAUUUGCUUAUUUAGAUUGCAAGUUCAUCAUCAAUUGAGGAUAUUGAACCAUGGCUUUGGCACUACAACGACGAGCAAACGUUCGCCUUCCACCUGAAGUCAACAGGGUUUUGUAUAUACGUAAUCUGCCGUACAAAAUCUCUGCCGAAGAAAUGUAUGAUAUUUUUGGAAAAUAUGGAGCAAUUAGGCAAAUCCGUGUAGGAAACACACCAGAAACCAGAGGUACUGCUUUUGUAGUGUAUGAAGAUAUAUUUGAUGCAAAGAAUGCCUGUGACCAUCUCUCAGGCUUCAAUGUCUGCAACAGAUACUUGGUUGUAUUAUAUUACCGAUCAAACAAAGCUUUCAAGGGUAUGGAUAUUGAGAAGAAGCAAGAGGAAUUGGAUACUCUAAAGAAGAAAUAUGGCAUCUCAUCAGAAGAACUGCGAAAAUAAUUUUGUGUUUUUAGAUAAUUUUUCUAUUAUAAUGUGUUACAGCUACUUGCACCAUUCAACUAACCCGGGGCUACCUGUUAAACCUGAAGUUACCAUGGUUACCAGUACUAUUUGACAUUGGGUUAACAUAUUAACCCCGGGUUAGUGGGAUGGUGCAAGUGGCGCUAAGAUAGUUAAAUUUAAUAUAAGACAAAAAAAGAAA